GUUCACGUUCAGCAGCUUACAAAAAUGGUCAGCCAAUCGUUAGUGAUUACCUCCGAUUACACAGCGAAGAAAGCUCUCAAAUCGUCACCGCCCAUUUCGAAUCCACCCUCUCCCGGCAUUCCGCCCACCAAUGGUUCACUCUACGGCAUUGGUAACGAAUCAGAAUUCGACCUAAGGUUCACCUACCACAACUAUGACCCGUACCGAAGUGUUAUCGAAAUUGCUAUGACUGUGUCGUUCUUGGCCGCCACCACUAACCAGCUGCGGUUGCUGAUAAGCUUCCGCGAAGCACAGGACUUCAUCGUCAGUACGAUUCUGGUCACUUUGUCGCUGAUGAUGCAGCUGGUCAUUGCGAUCAUUGUGGUGACAAUUGCGGUGAACGACCAUUUCCAAUGGACCAAGUUGAAAGCGGUUACAGCGAUGGGUGCCAUUCUGCUGACUGUGGUGAACGUUGUGAUUCCUUUUGUCGUCAACUUCGAGCACUCGCAUGUGGAUUUCACCAAAAUAUAUCCACAUUGAUGAUAAUGUGAUCUCUGAGUGAAGAAUCAACACCGUGAUUCACGUGUAACACUAAGAAUAUUCCAAUGCAUUAUAAAAUAACAGAUUUUAAAAGUAACGUCAUAGGAUCAUAAGGUUGUGAAUAAAAAAAAUACAUUUAGAUUCUAAAUACCGACUGGU